CAAAUACUUAUUUUCUUCACUGUACAAUGUUGUUUUUGUUUUGUUUGUUUGUAAUUAUUUUUCAUUAAAAUCGGCCACAAAAUGCCAGAUAGUGGACAUUCUCUGUUCGGUGAAAUGUAUCCACGAGCAAUGGGAGGCCAGAACAAGAAGCACGGCAGGCAUGGAAAAUGCUGAUUGGCUGUCAGUUUUCCAGCCGGGGUCAUUGGAAUGUCUGAGUGAGAGAGGAAUUUCGAUAAUACUUUUCUAAUUUAGAGAUGUUUCUAAGUGAAAUCUAUGGAUAAUAUUGGCAUUAAAAGAAACAUUGAAUCCUCAACUACUAACCUUUGUGUGCUCCCAUUCCUAUUUCGACAAAGUCCUCCUUAAAGUGUUGAUUAGUGGUACCUUGAUUUUCGCAGAGGCGACGUCCCCAUUCACAAGUCCAAGUUUUCUCAAUUACACACUAUGCAUGGUUCAAGUACAAUAAGUUGAAAGUUCUUGGAAAUUUAUGCACACAAUAUUUUUUCUUUAACUGUAGGUAGAAUGUCCCACCACUUUUGUCUUUUUUUAAAGCAUUUACUUCAAGAUACUUUGUGCUGUCGCUAAAAAAUAUUGAUUUGUUCUACAUUCCACAACUCAACAGAAAUCACAGACAAUAAGAGAGAGCAUUCACACCAUCAACCGUUCGAGAUGGAGUUGCCCCUACAGUGCAAUAGGUUAAGGGAAGAAGUCUCAGCCAGGUUCCAUCAGUCCAGCUGCUACAUCGACUCUUUGCCGUUUUGAAAGGAGCAGCAAAACAUUUUUAGCUCCCAGUGCAGUUGAAACACCAGCUCCCUCUUUUGAAGUCAACCCUGCUCGUGAGUUUGUAGUUGCUGUCCCAGAGAACACAAUGAUCCUCAACACAACCAUGGCGAUGACUCAAUGUAAUGCUUCUGAAAUUAUCAGUCAUAAUUGCGCAGAGGAAAAAAUGGUACAGAAACCGAAGCACAAGAAAAAAAUUGGAUUUAAUGUUGUGUCAGGUCUUGCAGACAGUUCACAAGUGAUUGACAAGGCAGACUCUGGUGUUCGAGAGACAGAGCCAAAAGCUGGUAACACUAUGUCCAAUACAGAUCAGGCAUCAGUGGGUUUUAACAAUCCCAAAACUGACUGUGGAAGUAACAUCCUUUCACAUAUACCCAAAAUAAUUAAACCCAAAGUGAGCACCCAUGAAAAGGUAAAGACUAUCAUGUCAAAGGGGGAUUUUGGCGAUUCUGUCAGUCCUACCUUGAAUGAUUAUCUCAUGGGUAAUGACACUUUUUCCUUCAAAUCCAAUGAGUGAAUGAUUCCUCGGAAAAAACAUCAAACAUCACGUUCAGGAAUGGACCUUUUAGGACCAGUAUGAAGUCACUGCUUUCACAUUUUGCCCAAGAGAGUGGAAGAUCCAUAGUGGACCACAAUGAGGUUACAGCCAAUUUUGCUGAGUCAGAGGAAACAAACAGUUCCGUCACAGGUGGAAAUGAAACACGGAUAAACACUGAGACAUCUGUGGAAACUGGAAGAUAUCGCGGAUCAAGGCAUGGAGGGACAUUUGUUAUAUCUGUGGCUCAAGCAACACAGAUUAGAGAAGAACUAGAACUGUUGUCGAAAGAUAAGGACUCAAUCCGGGAAGUAGAAGAAUCGUCUAAACAUUGGGUGACCAGAGUUAGAGGUUCUGUCGCAGCAAUACCAAUCUCCUGCAAGCGUCCUCGGGUGGCCAGUAAGGAUCCAGGCAUCCUUCCAAUAAAUUGUAAUAACACAGAUGAUAUACCACAGCUGAAGGAAUUCUCGGUUGAAGGGUAUCAGUUUCAGAAACCUAAAAAAGCAAGGCAAGAGGUCUCAGGCAGAUCCAGCAGGAAGAAAGUGCAACACAAUAGUGAAUCUGCUGAUCAUGCUAUGAAUCAGAGCAAAAGCUCACAUGGCAAUGCCGUUUCUCCUGUUGAUGAAGUGACUUAUCUUACGGAUCCCACUGCCUCCCUUUUCUGUGAUGAGUUUGCAUUCUUGGCUGAUCCUGGUAAUGUGCACCAUACAGAUGAAACAUUUAUGUCAAAAUCAAGGGUGAAUCGUAAUUCUAGAUGUUACACAAGGACAUCCAAACUGCCUUCACCGGACAACAGCUCGAGAAGUUUGAGCAAAGUUUUCGUCAUUACACAGGCGGAAAUACCAGCCUUGACCCCUAUAAACAUGACUAUAUCGAAUGAGAUGGAUAGUAGUUCAGAUGAAGAGGAAGCAGCUUGUCAAAAUUUGUAUGACAUAAUCACUGAUGAAAUGCCACCAUGGUUGAAUGUCUCUGUUGCAGACACAGAGCCAGGCUCUUUAAAUUGUAGUCCCAAAGAACAAAUCUCGAGGGGGCAACAAGUGAUAGAGGAGACUGUAUUAAUUGCCCCUGAAUCUUCUCCAGUGAGUGGAAUUAUGACCAGAAAGUUCUUUUUUGCUCUCAUCUGACCGCAAAACGUUCUCCUUCAUCCAAAUGGUAUGUAUCAUCCAAUUGGUCAUUGGCAAACUUAAGAUGGGCCUUGACAUGGGCUCGUUUAAUCAGGGGAACUUUCCGUGCCAUGCAUGAUUUCAAGCCAUGACGUCUUAGUGUAUUACCAACAGUCAAAUUGGAAACGGUGGUCCAAGCUCUUUUCAGGUCAUUGACCAAGUCCCGUUGUGUAGUCCUGUGCUAAUUCCUCACCUCUCUAAGGAACGUUGAGACCCCACGAGGCGAUAUUUUGCAUGGGGCUCCACUCCUGUUGAGAUUGACCAUGAUGUUUAGCUUCUUCCAACAAUGGACCUUUUUUCACCAAGCUGCUUGGAAAUUUCUCCGUAGCCCUUUCCAGCCAUGCAGAGUUCUACAAUUUUGUCUCUGGUGUCUUUGGACAGCUCUUUGGUCUUGGCCAUGUUACAAGUUUGAAUCUUACUGAUUGUAUGGGGUGAACAGGUGUCUUUAUCCAGCUAACGACCUCACACAAGUAGAUCUAAUUCAAGAAAAUACAUGAAGUGGAGGUCGACUUUUAAAAGCGGACUUCUUGCUGAUAGACACGUGUUAAAAUACUUAUUUUCAGCUGUAUCACACAAGUAAAUAGUUAAAAAAAAUCAUA